AUGGCUGAGGAUUAUGGAUACAAGCUGGAGCCCGUCCUGGCCACUCGGGUUGCCUCGGAGGACAUUGACAAGACCUUCAGAUCUGGCUGCAUCGAUCUCAUCUCUGGCACACUGGGUGGGAAAGUCCUAGCAUUCUCCGACGAGUGGUUUGCCGAUGCCGCCAACCUGCUGACGCCCACGCCUCCUAUUCGCCAGCCUGGCAAGAUGGUCUACACAGGCGCGUGGUACGACGGCUGGGAGACUCGGAGGCACAACCAGGAGCCCUUUGACUGGGUUGUCAUCCGCCUGGGUGUCGCAUCUGGCACUGUCGAGGGGAUCGAGGUCGACACGGCUUUCUUCUCGGGUAACCAUGCUCCUGCCAUCUCCGUCGAAGGCUGCUUCAGCUCUGACGACGACGAGGUUCUCUCGUGGAAAGGGCAGAAGGGCGGAUGGGAGCCCAUCCUGAGCAUCCAGGAGUGCGGUCCUUCGCAGAGGUUCGGGUGGAAGCUGGAUAGCCCUACCUCCAAGCAGUACACGCAUGUGCGGCUGAACAUGUACCCUGAUGGGGGCAUUGCGCGAUUCCGGCUGUUUGGACAUGCUGUGCCGGUCUUCCCACAGGACACAGAAGCCAUAUUCGACUUGGCAGCCGCUCAGAACGGUGCUGUCGCCAUAUCUUGCAGUGACCAACACUUUGGCACCAACCACAACCUGAUCUUGCCAGGCCGUGGCAAGGACAUGGGAGACGGAUGGGAAACGGCGCGAUCUAGGACCAAGGGACAUGUUGACUGGGCCAUCAUCCGCCUGGGUGCUCCGGCGCUGAUCCAGAGCUUCGUGGUUGAUACGGCAUACUUCAGAGGCAACUUUCCUCAGAAGGCGAAGCUCGACGCCAUCGAGUGGAAAGGAGAGGGAGAGCCAGGUGCAGAUGUCCAAGGGUGGACUGAGGUUCUGGAAGCAAGCAAGUGUGGACCUGAUCAAGAGCACACUUUUGGCUGCUUGGUAAAGGACAAGCCGUUCACUCAUGUGAAACUCACCAUCAUACCCGAUGGAGGCGUCAAGCGGCUUCGUGUGCUCGGCAAGAGAUCUGUGUAA